AUGGAAGAAUUUGUUUGUGAUGGCUCUGUUGAUUUUAAAGGAAGAUCUAAUGUAAGAGCAAAGACUGGAGGGUGGAGAGCUUGCUCUCUAAUUAUAGGCUAUGAACUUGUUGAAAGAUUGGCUUUUGCGGGCGUUUGGGCAAAUUUAGUGGUUUAUUUGACCACCAAGCUGCAUGAAGGCACCGUUUCUUCCUCCAAUAAUGUCAACAACUGGGUUGGCACACUUUCUCUUACGCCCUUGCUUGGAGCAUACAUUGCUGAUACAUACUUGGGACGCUUCCGGACAUUUUUAGCCUCUUCAUGUAUAUAUAUAUUGGGAAUGGGGAUUAUGACCCUAGCAGUAUCUUUGAAGUCUUUGAAACCACCAGAGUGCCCAUCAAAUGAAGGAUGUAAAAAGGCUUCUUCUCUGCAAGUUGGGAUUUUCUAUUUUGCAUUAUAUCUUCUUGCUCUGGGUCAAGGAGGAACUAGACCAAAUAUCUCUACCUUUGGUGCGGAUCAGUUCGAUGAUCUUCAUCCAAAGGAAAAAAUAUACAAGAACUCAUUUUUCAACUGGUGGGUUUUUAUAGUAUUCUUUGGAAGUCUAUUUGGUCAGACAUUCAUUGUGUAUAUUCAAGACAACAUCAGUUGGGGAGUGAGCUACGGAAUUAUCACAGGAUUGAUAAUAAUAGCCUACGUUGUAUUCAUCAUAGGAUCUCCAAUUUAUAGAUACAAAGCUGUUGCAGGCAGCCCGCUGAAGCGAGUUGCGAAAGUAAUUGUUAGGAUGAUUCAAAAUAGGAAAAUGCAGGUUCCUACAGAUGCAACUUGUCUUCAUGAGGUGGAUUCAAAAGAAUACAUUAGCCAAGGCCGGUACCCAAUUGGUCACACUAAAACUCUCAGGAUCUUUGAUAAAGCAGCAAUCUUAAAUUCGAGACAUUCAAAACCCUGCUCUGUGACAGAUGUAGAGGAGACAAAGCUUGUGAUGAGAGUUCUUACCAUUUGGCUGACAGUCAUAUUUCCCAGUACAAUAUUAGGACAAGCGGCAACUCUCUUCAUCAAGCAGGCAAUGACAAUGGAUAGGCAUAUGGGCUCUAAAUUUCAAAUUCCUUCUGGCAGUAUUGGUGUUUUUCUUCAAAUACCAAUGCUUUUAACCAUAGUUAUCUAUGAUCGCUUUAUAAUACCUUUUUCCAGAAAAUUCACAGGAAACCCACGAGGCAUAACUAUACUACAGAGAAUAGGUGUGGGUAUCGUACUCCAGGCCAUUGCUAUGGUAGUGGCAGCUGUAGCCGAAGUUAUAAGGCUAAAUGUAAUUAAAAGCCAUGGAAUUGCACAUGAUAUGAAUGCAAUUGUUCCUCUAACUUUCGCCACUCUUAUUCCACAGUUAGCAGUAAUGGGAAUAGCAGAAGCCAUGGUGGAAGUGGGUAAACUGGAAUUCUUUUAUGACCAAGCUCCAGAUAGUAUGCGAAGUUUGGGAAAUGCAAUGUAUGCAGCCUCUCAAGGACUUGGCUCUUUUCUCAGCAGUGGUAUUCUAACAGUUGUAACAAAUAUUACUGGAAGAAAUGGACACAAAAGUUGGAUACUGGAUAACCUGAAUGCCUCACGACUCGAUUACUUUUAUGCCUUGUUAGCUGUGCUGAGUAUCAUGAACUGUUUGCUUUUCUUGACAAUGUCUUGCUUGUAUACUUAUAAAAGAGAGCCAAGUGAAGCCUUGGGAAAUGAUUCUUCCAAACUAACCCAAGCAGUAGACCAUAUUAACACCAAGGACGAGGGGAGUCAGCUUUAG